AUGAAAAAUUAUUAUACUUUGGCUCUGCUUAUUUUUAUUUGAAUCGGAUUUUUAGUAAUUUCGCCAAGUUUUGACAAUAAAAAAAAUAUAGCUACACCUUACCAACUUAAGCACAGCUGAAUGAGUAAUAAUACAAAUACAGUCCCUGAAAAUUUGGAUUUCCCAGAACCUAUUUUACUUGACAGUACUUCAGAUUCAGAUUAGAUUAGAUUGAGCCAUUCGCUUUCGCAAGGGCCGGGGAUUUGCACCCCUACACGCUCAUCAUCCCUGAGGGAUCCCAGCGGACACCCUUCCCCGUCGCCGCAGAUGAAGCUUCGCGCACCAGUCUUGACUUCCAUGGCUUCUGGAGUCUAAGGGCUACACCUGGAUCGAAACUCCCAGUUUCUCGUUAGGCAAAUACCGUCUUCAGGGUCUGAGGGUCAUAUUGCCCGUCAGGCAUUGGCCGAACUUGCCCUUUCCAAUGGUUGUACCGGAAGAAAAACUUUAAGUCCAGGGAUUAGCUCCCUGGCCCGAGGAAAACCCAGCCCGACUAUGCAUAAAGGAUUACCGACCCCUUUCCACCUAAAUCCUCAACACUGGGCCGUUGCCUGCUGCUGUUGAAGAAAUAGUGUCGAAAGGUCGGGUGGUCUGUCGUCACCAUUUUUAUGUAUAUGACAGCACUUCAGAUCUCGAAUACUUAAGAGACAGACUAGCUUGUUUACCUACAAAUUGAGGAUACUCAAAAAAGGAUGGUGACACAAUUUUCCCAUACAAAAAAUACCCAAAAUGCUCACAAAUUAAUUCGAAAAAAAGCGUUAAAGUUUACUAGACUUAUAGAAAAGUCCUGAACACCACUGCUUCCACCCCUAAAGCUUCCCCACCUGCUCACCAGUUCGUAUUUAGCAUAUCGCGAAGGUUCUUCACCCUACAGAUCGAUGAGCUUUGUAACUGUGCAGUGCGUCAACAAAGGUUGCCCACCAUGAAAAAUUCAAUAUCUAGUCGACUCUCAGUCAAAAUGAAAAUCCGAGGCUGAGUGCGUAACUCCUGGCUUCAUGGUUGAAAACAGUUACGAUUGGCCAAGAAACUAACAUUGGCUCUUCUGGGAAUCCCUUUCCAACUUUCGGAGCCAUUUCCCAAGAGGCAAAAAUCUGGAUUUGGAAGAAGAAGCAUGUGGUCAGCUAUCACGACAUUGUGCUUCAUCAAACCAAGAAAACAUGGCCAGGACGCAUUUCAAACGCCAUCCUCCUUCCUCAAUGUCGCUGCUCACCCUGUGGAAUGGCAACUACAAAAUUAAGACGGUGGGCUGGUUACCACGCCAUUUUAAUGUAUAUAAUUCUAAAAAAGCAAAUAUUAGCUUAGAUUACAAUAGCAAUUUAUUGAAAUUAGAAUGCUUGAAUGGUGCUAAAGGGCGCUAUGUCUCAGGAAAUAAACCCGGAUUUAAGCUUGUAAAUCGAGUUGGCAAUGAAUGAGACGUUCACAGCUAUCCAGGUCACCCUGCAAAGCUAAACUCUGAAGAAUUUAUUUUAGCUUCAUGCGAAACCUUUGGAAAAAUUUUAUAAUUAAUAUGGUGGCGGAGACUAAAUAUAUAUCCUUGGCGACUACAAUUAACUGUGGUCUCAAAUAUCAUUUUAAUCCUCCAGAAUCGGCAGGGGAAAGAACUGUGGUCUAAAAACUACCUGAAAUAGACAGUUCGGUAAAAGCGUGUGAGGCAAAGAAGAAUGACACGAAAGAUUUUAAGCAUUAUAGUUUAAGUCUGGAAAAUUUGAUAUUCCUAUUAUGAGGCCUCGAUAUAAUGAAACUCUUCAUAAACUUGCUAAAGAAAACACAAAAGCUCAUAAAGGGAUUUUAAAAAAGCCUAUCACAAUUGUCCAUAUAGCUUGUGAUAGCUUAUCACGCAGACAUUUCAUAAGAAAACUCCCUACAACAGUGGCAUACUUAAACAGUCUGAAUGAAAAUUCUACACAUAAAGUUUUUGACUUUAAAAUUCAUAAUAUCCAAGACCAUGCAAGUAUAGAAAACCAAGUUUAUGUUUAUUCAGGGAUUAACUAUCUAGAAAGAAUGAAACAAAAAAAUCCUUAUCCACCUGAUUUAUGAAACUUAUUAACUCCCCCUCCCCCAUUAAAUAGGAAUAAAAAUAUCGGUAGAAUUUUCAUUUUUUUGGGAACCUUAAUUUUCAAUAGGAAAUCGUGAAGGUGAAAAUACUAAUUUUACAUAUCUCGUUUUGAUCUAAUAAUGAUAAAAGUGUAAUUAGAAUAUAAUUUAAACAUAUUAACACUGAAAAGGCAAAAUUUUUACAUUAAUUCUUCAUAAAAUUAAUUAAAUUUCAAAUAUAUAAGCUUUAUUUAUAUUUUUUUAUAGAGAAAUUUAACAUAAUGACCCCCUUUAGACUGGCAGGAUUUUUGCUCCAAUUUAAAAGGGGAGGGAAAUAAGAGUUUAUGGAUUUAUAUCACUAAUGGCUAUGGACAGCUGCAAUGAACAAUUCGCCCCAGUUCUCGGAAGAGACGUCCCAGUUGACUACACAAUAAACGAAUUUUAUUGCGCAGCUGUCAAAUAUGCUGAUUUCGCCGACUUAAAAGACGAUAUCAAUCAGCAAAGGUGCAUAGGCCAAAAAAUGGCCCAUGAUUACAUAUACGCCCUUCCUAUAGAUGGCGCGCAAUGCGCCAUCAUCGGGCCAUGUCGGGAGAGGGUUCUCCACGAGGAAAUGUUCCACGUGUGGAACCCUCUUUUUGGCUCGUGGAAAAAGAGGGUUCCACACGUGGAACCAUUCCUCGUGGAGAACCCUCUCCCGACAUGGCCGAUGAUGGCGCAUUGCGCGCCAUCUAUAGGAAGGGCGUAUAUUAGACUACGCUUGGGAGCUGCUUGAAAUUUAUCCAGAUACCAAUAAAUGAAUCAACAUGCACCUAGACGCAGGCCACGAGUCCACAGGGCUCCAUGCAAUUACCCUUGACGAAGAACUAACUGCAUUUUUAAAGAAAAUUCUUUCAAGAGAAGAAGAAGUAGCCAUUAUCUUAGAAGGAGACCAUGGCAUGAGAUAUGGCGAAUGAUGGAGCACUGAAGAAGCUGCAGUUGAAUGAAGACUCCCCGCUUUCUUUUUCAUCGCCUCAGAUAGCUUGCUUUCAAAAGUUCCUAACUCAAUAGACAAUUUAGUCCAUAACACACAUAGACUGACUACAAAAAUCCAUCAAAGAUACCUAACUCUACAUUUAGCAGAACUAACCACUGGUGUAGAUUUUGGGGCUUCUAGAAAUUUAAUGACUGCUUAUACCCCUGAUAAUACAACUUGUAAUGAAUUUAGUAUUGAUGCAUGGCUAUGUAGCUGCCGAUCUUUUGAGUAUAUGAAAGAUAUUGUAAAAAAUGAAAAAGAUUAUAAAGAAGUCAUGAAAUUGGUUGAUGAAAUGCUAAUUGAGACGCUUUAUUUUUUAAAUAUGCAGCUACAUAUGACGUUUAGGCUAAAGAAAGUAUGCAAACAGUUAGUUUUGCAAGAAAUUUUAGAAGUUUGGGGGGUACCUAUUGAUAAGACACAGGAGAUGAUUAAAGUGCAUGUUCUUGUGGAAGGGGGAGCCAAAUUUGAAAUUUUAUGGCUGAUUAAAUCGAGGAAAAGAGCGUUAAGACCGGGGUCGUUUAGAACGGAUCAGAUUUUUUAUAGAAAUAGGAAGAGAGGAUCGCAACUGCUCUUUGUAAAUAGGCUGGAUAAGUAUGAAGGACCUUGUGAAGACUUAGCAUCUUCGCUGCAUGUGCCUGCAAAAUAUUGUAUGUGCAAUGAAGAAUUGUUGGCGAAUGCGGCACUUUCAAUUAAAGAAUAA